CUGCAACAUCUCCUUCAAUGCGAACACGUCCGUCCGUUAGUUACCCAUUUCGGCACGCAGUCGAGUCCGUCCCGUCCGUCAGUCGAUCCACAGACAUACAGACAGACAGACAGACAGACAGACAUACAGACACACACGCACACACGCACACACAGGCAGAUAGAUAGAUGUGUGUAUGUACACGUGUAAAAGUGUCUGGGCUGGUCAGCUGGCCGCGACGUUCACUGUGUCUCCCUCCUGGCAUGGCAUGGCCUAGGCUAGCUGGGCGACUCCGAAACUGCAAAUAAAACAGGGAUCACGGCUGCUUCUUGACCUCGACGGAAAGUCUGCCACGCCAGCAAACAUGCAUGUCCCUCCUUCACUGGCUGCCUGGCUGGCACGGCCAUUCAGCCCUCCCCUCCCUGUCUGCCUCCUCUGCCUCUAUGUGUGAGUGUGUGGUCACCUGAGUAUUUUGAGGCAUGUGUAGAAUUUGUCCCGGGCGUCCUCCUCGGGAAUGAGGAAAAACAACUUGACCCUGUCGGGCUUGGUCUCCAUACCUACGCACACACACACACACACACAUGGAUGGAUGGAUGGAUGGGGGACAUGACUGAUGGGCGUCUCUCUCACCGACACAGUGUGGUGCGUCUUCGGGAUAGGGGAAGGCGGGGUUCUUCUUCAUGAUCUUGGUGCCCCUGUACACACUCUCGAUCUGGGCACACACACAUGCACAGGCACCCACAGGGGCAGAGACAGCAGGCAGGACAACCAAUCUGUCUGUCUCCCUGUCUCCCUGUGUGUGUUGCAUCCAUCGCGUCUCGUCUCGUCUCGCACCCCUUUCAUCUCGAUCUUCUUCAUGUGUUCUGGCACUUCAUCGCCGCUCUCCCCCUCACCCUCGCCCUUGACCGGCUCCAACGUGAAGUGCUACGGACGGACAGGCCACCGCACACACAACAGUGACUGCAGUGGGGUUGUGAGCUGUGCAGUGCUGUGCUGUGGCUGGCUUACCUGGAGGUAGUUGUCCAUUUGGAAGAGGGUCCUGAACUUCCUCCCUGCACACUCAUCCAGAGGGUGAACUUUGGACACUCCUGGGCGGGCCUGUGCCUGUGUACCGUCGAGGUCUAUGACGGUCAUCUCCAUGCCCUUGACGGCAUCCUGACCCACACACAAAGAGACAAACACAGGACGACGAGACACACGUAGGCCUGAUUGUGCAAUGACCUCUUCGCACACACGAAUGCGUGACAGUCAGUCAGUCAGUCAGUACCUUUGCGAAGUCCUUGACAACCCGCUGCAGACGAGCCUUCUCAUUCUCCUGCCCGCCCACAACAGACACACAGUCACACCACACACGUACACACGUACGGGACCGUACGUAUAGAUACCACUUACCUUCUCCUCAGCGGUGAGUUUGCUGCCUUUGGCCGGCCCUCCUGUCCUCCUGCCGCCCUCAUUGUCGUCCGCCUCGCCGCCCUCGGCAUCUUCACCAGGGAGCACCACCUGAAUGUGACUCCCGGGCCCGCCUGGCGACGACUCAUCGCCAAGUGGUGGAUUUGCGGCUCCGAGUGGCGGGCUCUGCUCGGGGCCUGGCUCAGACACGCCAUUGUAUCCAGUCAGCUGACCCUUCCCCAGGGUCACCUGACCCGGAUCGGGGCCGACUGCAGUGACAGACAGACACGAGAGGAAAAGAAGAUACCGACACUGCCACUGCAUUUGGCUUCUCUCUUUGAAGCCCUUCUUUCGUCCACGGUUGAUUGCGUGUGUGUGCCUUCUCGCAGCCAAAACCUCACGUGAGAUGCCGACUUUGUGUCCCUUUGGGCCCGCCAUGAGCUGCGUUGACUCCUCCGCCCGCGCCUCCUCGGUAGGUGUGCAACACGAGCAAAAGAAGCUAUGAAAGAGUCCCGCCAUGGCGAUGAGUGAUACACGGCGGCGAGAGGACUUCAGA